UUGAUGCCCGAUCUAACUGAUGAGGAGGCGGAUUAGCGACACUCUUCCUCCAGCCUGCUUCACUCCAUCCAUCCAUCCAUCGCUGUCGUCAGCUCAGCUCCCGUUGCAGGAUCUCUAGCCCGGCCCAUGUAGGCUUGGAUCAUGGACUUCAACGUUAAAAAACUGGCGUCCGAUGCCGGCGUCUUCUUUACUCGCGCCGUGCAGUUCACAGAGGAAAAGUUGGGUCAGGCAGAGAAAACCGAACUGGAUGCUCAUCUGGAAAACCUGAUUGCUAGAGGAGACUGCACCAAGAACUGGACAGAGAAGAUCUUCAGACAGACUGAGGUGCUGCUGCAGCCAAACCCUAUUGACAACACUGGUGCCCGCAUUGAGGAGUUCUUCUAUGAGAAACUGGACAGAAAACUCCCUACAAGAACCACUAAUGGUGAGCUGCUGGGACAGUACAUGCAGGAUGCCGCCAAGGACUUUGGACCUGGAACUGCGUAUGGAAGUACUUUGUACACUGUAGGAGACUAUCAGAAAAGGCUAGGCACUGCUGAGAAAGAGUUCUUACAAGCAUCAGCCAUCAGCUUCCUCACUCCUCUUCGGAAUUUUCUAGAGGGUGACUGGAGAACCAUAUCGAAAGAAAGAAGGCUAUUGGAGAACCGCCGGCUUGACUUGGAUGUCUGCAAAGCACGUCUGAAGAAAGCCAAGUUAGCAGAAUCUAAGGCUGCUGCUGCACCUGAUUUUCAGGAGACUAGGCCCCGAAAUUAUGUUCUGUCUGCCAGUGCAUCUGCGCUGUGGAGUGAAGAGGUGGACAAAGCAGAGCAGGAACUGCGUGUGGCUCAGACGGAGUUUGACAGACAAGCUGAAGUUACUCGGCUUUUGUUGGAAGGCAUCAGCAGCACACAUGUAAAUCAUCUGCGUUGUCUGCAUGAAUUUGUGGAAGCCCAGGCAGCUUACUAUGCCCAGUGUUUCAAGCACAUGCAGGAUCUUCAAAAGGAACUCAGUAGUGCAAAUGGAGAUGCGUUUCCCAAUGCCUUUGCUGCUAACCCUUCUGCCUCAGCAAUUUCCACUUCCUCUACACCCUCAAGUGCCGCUGCACCCAGGGCCUCUCCUCCAGCUGUGUCCUCCAGCUCUCUGGACACACUGAAAAUUGAGGAGGUGAAUCCUCCAGCCACUGGCACACGCAAGGCCAAAGUGCUGUAUGACUAUGACGCUGCAGACACAAGCGAACUCUCGCUGCUUGCUGAUGAGCUCAUUACAGUCUACACAGUACCAGGCAUGGAUCCAGACUGGCUCAUUGGAGAACGGGGGAAUCAGAAAGGCAAGGUGCCGGUCACAUACCUGGAGCUUCUAAGCUAGAUCCUCAAACACAAACACACAUGCACAGACAGGUAGUUGCACAUGGGAAGAUGCGAAGGUACACUUACAGACACAGUUUCAAUGUAUUCCUGCUGUUGUUCAGUUUGUUAGGGUCAAAAUUAUUUUGUGAAAAACCUUAAGGAAAAAUUUGCAUGAGCAAAACAGACCUGAACACUCUGGGAUUUCAUGAAGUUUGUUUAAACUCAUUCAUACCUACCCCAUACAUUUUUAAAGGCAUAGAAGUCAGCAUCAUAUGAGGAAUUCUUGAGGAUUUGUUGAAAAAUUAAAGAUAUGCAAUCUAGAGAUAGGAAAUAUCCUAAUUCUCGACUGUCUCACUUGAUGCUUGAUAUGAUUGUGAUUAUUCUCAACACUUUUAAAAAAGAGAAAUAUUUGACUGAAAUAUUUGAUCAAAGAGAGAGUUAAAAAAAACUGACUAGUAACUAUGUAGAAAUGUAACUGGUAGUAGAAAAUUAAAAUCAGAUUUUCAGAUCACCUUGUCUUUCCUUUUGAAUGAAUUGAACAUCUGUCUUGAUUUUUAUUUCCUUUGCUUUCCACAGAGAUUUAGUCUAAAUUAAUUUAGAAUAAGAGACAUUAUUGAGAGAAAAUAUUUCUGGUUGAAAUACAGUGGAUCAACCUUAACAUUAAUUCCACCUAGAUAUUUAUGAAAGGAACAACACACUAUGAAGCAUGCUGUAAAAUAAAAAUAAUGCUGUAAGAGUGCUGUGAAAUAAAAUCUGACUCCGUCGCUCAUUAUUUUUCUCUAACAGCAUGCCCGAAGCAUAUCACUCAUACCACUAGUACAGUUAAUACGUCUUGAACACUAUACAGAAACAGUCAUUCCUCUCCUUGAAGUAUAAUAAAAUAUAAUAAAACAAAAGUGCAGUUGAUUAAAGAGCAACCACAGCGCAACACUGUUUACUUCCACCCAUCAAUGACAAAGCACUAGCACUAAAGACUUCUUGAAUUGCUAGUGCUUUGUCAUUUAUAGAGGGGAAGCAAAAGGUGUCAAUGACAAAGCACUAGCACUGAAGACUCCUUUCAGAAAUCCUAUGUAAACCUCAAUUAUUUUAUUUUUUUAUCUAUUUGUAAUUAUAUGCUGAGAGUUUGGCAUUAAUUAAUAAAUCAUUGUCGCUAAUCAAAGUUGAGAAUUCAGCAUUGCUAUGGUUUAAUAGUUCUGUCACAAGGAAUUAAUGCUGUUUUGCUUUUUUGCUGUGCUUUCAUUUGAAUACCUAGCAAUAUGCUCUCAUUUGAAAUAUGAGUCACUAGGGAAAAAUUUGACCAGCUGUAAUUAUUGUUCACUUCAUAUUCCUAUUUAACUUUUUCUUUUGUUGAUCAAUUUACAAUUUUGAAUGGCCUUGGACAAAUAAACUGGAUAAGUACUUAUAUAGUAAAUUGGAAAAAUUACAAAAUGUACAGUAAAUGUGAAGUCUAAAGUCCAAUUCUUCUAAUCUAAUGUCUAAUAUAAACAUUGUGUUUAAAUAUUCUGACUGUGUAGCCUAAAGAAUUACAUCUGGCUUCAGAAAUAUUCCCUCGUGUCCUAGAACAUUUCGUUUCUGUGUUUUUCCCCACAUCUUUUCCAGCUAGAAGGAACUAUUUAAAGCUUUUUUUUCCAUCAUUAUGUGAUGAUACUGGUAGUGUUUUUAUGUGUUUCUGUGUUUUUAUUUUAUUGCCUGAAACUAGGUUGUUUAACAGUGGCAUAUAAAAACUAGUUUAGAUCUUAGAAGUGUCUUAAUUUGAAUUCGGUGUGACUGUAACUUUGGCAAGAUAUGCAUUAUGUGUGGUUUGUGGGACAAAAGUAUGUAAAUGUUUUUCAAAAUGGGUCCAAUUUUAUUUAAUGUGAUAUUUCAUUUAUGUUCUCCAGUUACUUCCCUGUGAACUUCCCUUCCAUUGCUCUCACUUUAGCCUUUCUUUUUUCAGCUGUGUAACUGAUGCUUGUUUGAAAGGUUUUAAGCAACGCAUACUGAAUGACUGAAACUUAAACAUAAUAAAAAGAGCUUUAUUGUAA